UCAAUGCUUUUGUGAUUCGUUCCAUGUCGAAUACUCUUCGUAUUGGGGUGUUGGAGUUACAAGGCGACUUUUUAGAACAUGAAGCUAUGUUAAAGCAGUGCGAUGGUGAUAUUCUGACUAUUCCAGUGAAAGGAAAACAAGACCUCGAUAACAUCGAUGGCUUGGUCAUUCCCGGAGGAGAAAGCACCACCAUUGGAAGACUAAUCGAGGAGUUUGAUAUGUUGGAAACAAUCCAAAAACGAGGUUCACAAGGUCUUCCUAUGUUCGGUACUUGUGCAGGUUGUAUACUGUUGGCAAAAGAUAUCGUGGGACGUCCAACACAAACGAGACUUGGAUUGAUGAAUAUCACGGUGGAUAGAAACGCUUAUGGACCACAAACGGAAUCUUUUGAAACGCAAGUGUAUUCACCGAGAUUCAAAGAGAAACCAUUACGAGCCGUUCUUAUAAGGGCACCGACCAUCGUGCGAGUUGAGUCGGGAGUGCAAAUUUUGGCUUGUAAAGGGUCUGAAAAGGAACCUAUUUUGGUUCAAGAAGGAAAUUGGUUAGCGAGUACAUUUCAUCCCGAACUAACAGACGACAAAAGGAUACACUUGCAUUUUCUAGAUAUAGUAAAGGCAUACAAGUCUUCGAAGUAGAACAAAGUAUAGCAUAGGUCUGUCAAUGAG